AUGGAGUAUGAAGAAGAUGAGAAAAGUGAAUUCCUUAGUUCUGAGAUAGAGUGGGGAGAUGAGUCAAGCCACUACUCGUGGGAAAGAGAAGGUGACUAUUUGAAUGAACCAUGGAGUGGCGAAACUAAUUCUGAAAUCAGUUUCAAAGGAGAAAAUGAGCGUGUAGAAGAAUCAUGGCCUGGAGAAACUAACUCUGAAAUCAGUUUGGAAGAAGAAUCAGAACAUGAAGCCAUGGAGAUAAACCGCUCAUGUGAAGAAAAAAUAGAAGAAGAAGAUGACCAAAAACGUGAUUUGUGGUAUGAAGAUGAGUACUUAGACUUUGAUUUUGAAGAUAAACCACAGGGUGAAGAGUUUGAGCCAGGACCACCAGAUUAUAGCCAAGACGACACAAGCCAACAUAUUUGGUCCAAAGAAGAAGAAACCGACCAAGAAGAAUGUGUGAGAGAAGGCAGUGAAAGAGACUCAUGGCAUGAAGAGAUUGAUUCUGAAAUCAGUUUAGAAGAAGAAUUCAACAAAGAAGAACCAGAACACAAAGGGAUCAAUCCAGAAGAAGAACCUUAUCAAUACAAGGAUUCUCUAGAAGAGACUGCUACUAUUGAUGAUGAGUUAUGGAGCCAUGAAUCUGAACCAGAAGAUAGCUUUGGUAAUGAAAUAGAGAUUGAAGAGGAGGAACCAGAACAACUAUACAUCUCAUUCUCAGGCCAUAGCCAAGGACUAGAAGCCUACACAAGGUGGGAACAAGACAUGGAUAAUUGGUUUCAGUCUAACCAAGUCCUUGAGGAGGAGAAGAUGACUUAUGCGGAAGAAACUCUCACGGAGGAUGCGUUUAGGCAUUGGGAAAGGGAAGAUUACAUGCGAAUGGACUUUGAUGAACCAGCCUAUUCUUGGGAAGACAUCAAGAAGAUCAUGUAUGAAGAGUUUGUGAAGGAUGUUGAAGCCAACAAACAAUACUAUGUGAAGAUCGAUUCAAACCCCAAGCCAAGGAGAUGGAUUCUAGCAACGAGGUCUUAUCCAAAAGCUAAGCCAAAGAAAGCUUGCUAUCCAUAA